CACUGUCCAUCGUGCGGAAAACUCCUCAGGGACCAUACAUCUGUUGCUCGUCAUAUGAGCCAGCCCCGGUCUGGCUGCAACACCUGGCUGGAUGAUCUUAUCAGGCUCAAUACCAUCAUCCCGCCCGCUAAAGAUCAUCCCAUGGACUCAUUAGACGACAAUGAACCUAUCCCUUCGCAUGAACCAGGAGUCGGAGAGGAGGCGAAUCCACACGCACGCGAUUUUUACGGUGAAGAAGAGGAUAUUGUACUGGGAGAGCAUGAUGAAAUACAGGACCAGGGCAAAGAAGCAGCAGUAGACUACUUUCCCGAUCCACCACUUGCCUAUCAGGAUGGGUACACGUUCUUGGACCUGUUUGACGCUGAUGAAAAUAGCGUAUAUCGCAAGACCAACCUUUAUUUUCCAUUUAGCAGUCGGAGAGACUGGCAGGUUGCCGCAUGGCUACUGCGUUCAGGGCUGAGCAUGGGGAAGAUUGAUUCUUUCCUAUCGCUCGACAUGAUCAAAGAUUUGCCCUUCUCAUUCCGCUCGGCCAAAGAACUGCGAGGUCGAGUGGAGAUGCUGCCCAGCGGUCCACGUUGGAUGUCCCAAAUAAUUCCUACGUCUCAUCCUACAAAGUCACCCGUGGUUCUCUAUUGGCGUGACCCUCUAGAGUGUAUCGCGACCCUCUUCAACCACCCCUUGUUUCAUAAUCGUAUGGACUUCACACCUCGCAAGGUGUAUACCACGGCGGAGAAGCAGUGUCGUGUCUAUACCGAAUGGAUGACGGGAAGUGGUGCUUGGAACAUGCAGUCAGCAAUACCAAGUGGCGCGACCCUCCUCGGUACUAUCCUAUCUUCCGACAAAACGAAUAUCACCGCAUUGACAGGCGAUCGUGUAGCUCAUCCGCUUCUUAUUAGCCUGGCCAAUAUACAUAUGAACAUGCGACUUAAAUCUUCUUCGAGCUCUUUCGUCCUCACCGCCCUACUACCGGUCCUGAAGUUCAUUCAUAAGAAGAAGCGGAUGAAGGGUGUAUUGGAGGAUCGCCUCAUACACCAGUGUUUAGACAUAGUUCUAGACCCAUUGAAGCAGGCUGCUCGAAAGGGCUUCGGGGAUGACUUCCAGCAUGAACCCCGCACGAAAUCAACGACUCUUGCACAGCUUGCCGUUGUCCACUCACACGCUGAUCCCCUUGACCUCGAGGCUUUCUUCCGUGAAGCGCAGAAGUUCCGUCUGAAUGGUGUCGCUGAACCAUUCUAUCGGGACUGGAUACUAGCAGAACCCUCCCAUUUCUUCACACCAGAAUCCCUACACCACCUUCAUAAGCAGUUUUUCGACCACGAUGCACAAUGGCUCAUCUGUGCUGUUGGAGAAUCUGAGAUCAAUUUCCGAUUUUCUAUCUUACAGCCCAUCACUGGUUAUCGGCACUUUCCUGGAGGCAUCUCGAAGCUUAAACAAGUCACAGGUCACUGCCAACGAGACAUCCAGCGAUAUAUCAUUGCAGUAUGCGCAGACGCAGCACCUCCCCAUAUCAUCAUCGCAUUACGU